CGUCAGAUAAAUGCCGUAAGUGAAUGCUUCAAUAUAGGCUGAUAUGCACAGUAAUAUAUAAUGAAUGUUAGUUGAUGGCACAGAUACCCCACACACCCGACUGCAUCACCAAUAACAGAUUCGCGUGGAGGUUUGCAGCUACUUAACCGGUUUGGUUAGACCUUGUCAGCAUGCGCGUGCAUGCUGGCGCUCAGCUGGUUUGUCUGCAGCAUUCAUUACCGUAAGAGCCGCGAUGGCGUUAUUCUUUCAAGGUCCUGGGCGGGUUGUCCUUACUAUGGUCUUCGGCCUGCUCCUGGGCCUGGCAGGAGGCUACCUCAUGGGUGCGAUGGUGAUGGACGUGAUUGACACUCUCUCAUCCUUACGCUCCACCCCUCUAACACCUCUGGAGUGCUGCACAGGCUUAGAGUCGUUGUCGGUGGUGACGGCAUGCGUGGCUGCGUUGGGCCUCACCGUGGCGAUGCUGGCAUCUCUGAUCACGGCGGUGGUGGCUGAGGAGGUGGUCUCAAACUUCCUGAAGCCCGGAGAUGAGGGUCCCGGUGGGGUGGUGCUGGCAGCCAUGGGCCUGAUGACUCUGCUGCCACUCACGGUCAUCGCCGCCUUCAUGGGCGCCCUGAUGGAACGCAUCGUUGUGGCUAUGGGCCUGGUCACAGUGCUCGGCGCCCAGAUGGGCUUUUCCCUGGCGCUGAGUCUUCUGGUGUGUGCGGUUCGCAGCCUGUUCCCGGGUGCCAGCGACCUCUUCCUCUUCCCCUGGAUGCUGUUCUACCUGCCGGCUGCGGGCAUGUGUGCCGGCCUGUGUGGCUCCGGAAUGCUCGAGGGUUCGGAAAUCGCGCUCUUCUUCUUCUUCUCCUUCCUGGCCCUGUUCCUGGGCUUCGCCGGCCUGGGCGGCAUGUCCAUGCCUGCGUCGGUCCUGCUGGCGUCCACGCUGAUCUUCCGGACGGUGUUGGAGGAGGACGGGGAGGUGCUGAGAAGCCUGUGGUCCGAGGAGACCGGCCAGUCUUCCUGGCUGCUCCUGCGUGCCGUCUUCCUGGCCGUGCUGUCCAUGCUGCUGUGCGAGACGGCUGCCGGCUCCACGCUGCUGUCCGUUGCCGGCACCGCCCGCGACGGGAAAACCUCAGCUUGCGCCGCUGCCGUGGGGGCACUGCUGCUGCUGGCCACCAGGAGGAGCUCCAGGGUUCUCGGUGUAGGGGGCACGCUCGGGGCGCUGCUGGGCGUGGCAGGGGCGGUGGGCGUGGCCCUGACUGCGGCAGGCGAUGCCAUGGUGGCAAGAGAUGCAGGACGACUGGGGCAGAAGGGCAGCCCCGUGGGCAAAGUGGCAGCCACCAUCGGGGCAGCGUUGGGGGCCUUCCUCUACACGGCACCCCCAGACAUGUAUUUCGGUGUGUUUGUGGCGCUGUGCGCCGCGGCCGUUACUGGAGUGCUCUCCUCUUUUAGACAGUGCGUGUGCGACGACCAGCUCUUGGUCCAGUGCUCUGGCUUACAGCUCAGAAGUUUCCCGCACGGGCUUCCGUUAACCACACGCCACCUGAUACUAUUCAAUAACCGGCUCGCCCAGUUAGCAGCCCUGGACAUGAGCGACCUGUCUGACCUGGUGUACCUGGACGGAGAUAUCCGAGAGGACGUUCAGGACUCCGCGCAAGCUGGUCUACCUGGACCUCUCCUUCAACCACAGAGGAUCGAGGAGCGCGUGAACCUGACGGACAACACUGCUCUUUCGAAGAUUCACUCUCGUGCAUUUUCAGGAAACGUUGCACUUCAGGUGCUGGACGUUAGCAGCAACCACCUGAGCACGCGCUACGGUGUCGCGGUCGGAGCAGCAGUCCGUGGCUGUGCGAUGCCACCCGCGUUCUUCGUGGCCAUCGGUUUUGCUACGUUUACUGCCGGCACCGUGCUGGUGUGGACAACAGGCAUGCUGAUCACUCUUUGCCGGCGCUACGGCCGGCGCGGGGAAAACAGCAGAGAAAGGGCAGAAAGAGUAAAGGACAGAGUAAAGAAGAUGGUUGUCAAUCCCUGUGACUGGGAAGUGGCAGCGUGA